UCACUCCGCGCGCUGGCCUAGUGCUCGGCAGUUUGUACAGAACAACAGCCGGCAGCUUGUGCGUUGAAAUUAGGGAGGAUAUGGUUGAUUUUUUUGGGCGUUGCAGCUUUAAAAGCAUCGUAGAUUUGGGUUGAUAUAAGACGACGACGUGAAAUAUUCCGUUUUUUUGCAUUUGGGCGUUUGAAAUCGGACACCGCUGUAACGUCCUCGUUUUUUUUCCGCGGAGGGAUACAGUGUUGGGGAUGACAAUGUGGAGGAGGUGGCUGCAAUGUCUACUCGGAAGAUGAAACGGUCAGAGUAGUUGUAGCGAGCGAGGCAGCGAAGGAAAAACGGAGGCUUAUAACUUAUGCAGAGUUUAUUUUCCGCAGUUAUUACGCCGCGAUUCGACUUUUAAGGGCUUUGCCUGACUUUUCAAGGAUACGAGAGGACGCAAAACUCCAUUUAUCUCGAUUUGUGGAGCUUUAAAAAAGCGUGGAGGGGGAUUUUGUCCCCCAACUUAAUGUGGCUUUUUCUCUCUCUCUCCUGAAAACACUCCUGUUGGAUGCUGAACGGUCCAACCGACGAAAGGGUUGUAAAGCCUCUUAGAGUGUGUGUGCGUGUGUACUAAGGAAGAAUGACUGAUAGUAACAUCAGAAUGACCGCAGCAACAGACAAGGAGCUCAGCGAUCUGCUGGACUUCAGUGUGAUGUUUCCUCUUCCAGUGCCGAAUGGAAAGAACAGAUCUGCUACUCUAGCCAGCACGCCAUUCGCAGGCUCAGGUUUGGAUGACCGGAGCGGGUCAGGCUCCUGGGGGCCGGGAGAACAGAACAGUCCGUCCUUCAGUUCACGGGCAUUUGGAGAUGGAGCCCACUUCAAUGAACAUGAAAGUAUGUCCCCUUACAGCUCAGGGAUUGGAGGUAAAUCAGAAAGAGGACCUUACCCCUUCGGCUCACAGUUUCUACCAGGGGAAAUGCCCAUGUCCAGUCCUGAUGGCCUUCCUUCCACGGGUCUCAAAUCAACAUCCCCGUUCUAUAGCUCGUAUGCAAACCGCAGGAGGCCCCCGGACGCUGUUCUCGAUAACCAGCCGAAGAAGAUCAGGAAAGUGCCCCCUGGCCUCCCAUCCUCAGUCUAUCCAGCAGUUCCCGGUGAGGAUUAUAACCAGGAGAACGCAGGAUACCCAGCAUCCAAACCUGGCAGUGUUUACCCUGGUCCAUUCUAUCUGCAAGAAGGUCUUCAGGACCCCUGGGCUCAGCCAAGUUACUCAUCCAUGCCCCACCUUGGUCAGUCCGCCCCCUUCGCUGUCACCAACCCACAGGAGCGCCUGAAGCGGCAACACCUGCCACUCUCCCCUCCGAACUACCCUCACCACAGCAAUGAGGUCAACGGCGGCAGCCUUCCAACCAGCUUCCAGUCUGCAUCCAGCGGUUAUGGAGUCCCCAACCACACGCCGCCCAUCAAUGGAGCAGAUGGCAUCCUGGGCAACAGAAACAGCACAGCGGGAAGUUCGGGAGAUGAAAUCGGAAAGGCUCUCGCUUCGAUUUACCCCGCAGACAACAACAGCAGCAACUUCUCCUCCACUCCGCCGACCCCGGUGGGCUCUCCACAGAACAUGCCAGCGGCCUCUUCCUCCCAGUGGUCUAGAGGGUCCACACAGGCUACACCAUCACCCAGCUUUGAGGGUGGACUACAAGCACUGCAAAGUAAGAUGGAGGACUGCCUGGGUGAAGCUCUGCAUGUGUUGCGGAACCACGCCGUGGGGUCCGGCCCCGGCUCAGGGCUGGGAGCUGAGAUGCAGAGUCUGCUCGCUGCAGCCGGAGGAGCUGCGGGCCUCAGCGCCCUCAGCCAGAGCUUCCCCCUCCACGGCCGGCUUCCUGGCUUGGUGCCAGAGCACCACGAGGAAUCGACAGGCCUUCCUCCCACCAGCAGCCUCCUGCAUGGACACCACGCCCCACCACAGGCCCCUGCCAGCUCCCAGCCGGAGACCUUCACCAGUCUGCCUGGAAGCCUCUCUCGCUCCUCUCUUUCCUCCAGCACAGACAUCAAGAGGGAGGACAAGGAGGAUGAUGAGAACUGUUCCCUCUCCGACACGAUGGAUGACGAGAAGAAGGAUGGAAAGGGGAGCCGCCCGCGGACAAGUCUUCCAAGCCAUGGGAGUCUUAGCGAGGAUGAUGAGGACCUGCCGGCGGAGAUGAAGGCAGAGCGUGAGAAAGAGCGGCGCGUGGCCAAUAACGCACGAGAGCGCCUCCGUGUGCGCGACAUCAACGAGGCCUUCAAAGAGCUGGGACGCAUGUGCCAGCUGCACCUGAGCAAUGAGAAACCGCAGACCAAGCUGCUCAUCCUGCACCAGGCUGUUAACGUUAUUCUCAACCUGGAGCAGCAAGUGCGAGAGCGUAACCUGAACCCAAAGGCAGCAUGUCUUAAGAGGAGAGAGGAGGAGAAAGUGACGGGAGUCGGAGGAGAUUCCCAGAUGCCUCUGGGAGGAGGUCACCCUGGGCUGGGCGGCGACGGGCACAGUCAUAUGUAAUAUUUAUCCUGUCGUAACGAGUACUUUCAGACGUGGCCUUAUUCUCCUGUGUACCGUCUCAGUGUGCGUACACACACAUCCCGACUGUGCAUAAGAAUCUUUUAAACAAACUUUGACUCGUGCAAAUACCACACACUUUGGUGAAAACUGACAGACAAUUCAGCCACAAAUUACACAGCUGCAGACAUAAAGAGACACACAAACAUCAUGGACCAUUGAAGCAUCCUGAAGAACACUGCUGAGGAAGAGAGAGACAGAAACUCUCUGAGCACAAAGAACAAGGACAUUUUGCUUUGCGCUCUUUUCUUUCUUUUUGUUUUGUUUGUUUGUUUUCUUUGUUAUAGGCAACUCCUGCUUACAUUUCUGGGAGCAAUGAUGUAUUUCACCAAGACUGAGGGCGACUCAGUCAAAAAACUAGGCGACCAUUCCCCAUGGACUCCAUAGCUGUCUGUCUUAUCUGUGUUGAUCAGUAGAAAAAGAAGACACACAAACACAUCCUUUUCGGUCAAGUCAAAAAAAACACAUACUUAGAUUCUCUGUUCUCAUUAAUGUAAGUAUUUUUUUCAGAACCCUGAAGAUAGUGGUAGUGGCCACAGAAUCAAAAGGAUGAUCGUUCUUCUCAGUUUCAAACUUUGUACAACAACCAACCACACUUUUUGAGCAGUCAAGGACUCGAAUGAGGGAACAGUGAAAGCUUUAGCUUUUAGCUUGUUUUGUUUGUUUGUUUUUUGUAUUUUUUAACUGUUGUUUUGUACCAUCUCUCACAAAAAACAGUAUAAGUGGAAAUAGAUUAGCCAGAGGUGAUGAACACCUCGAUUUUCAGCUUGAGUCUAAGCAACUGCGAUUACAAUAACCAACCAUGUUGACUGGAAAAAAAUCCUUCCUUCUUAAUCUUCUUAAACUGCCACACCAGCCAAAGCAUCAACACCACCUUUCACCAAUGUUCUGCUAUGGGUUAUAGAACUAGCACACAGUAGCUAGAGAUUGAGUUAUUUUUUAAGAUUGACUGACUUAUUAAGCAACGAGAGCAACUGACGCCUGUACUACGGCCAAGAACACCUUCAUAUAUGGAAGGAAUGACGUCUCGAGCUUCCACAGGCUCCUGCAACUCGACAGCAACAGUGGUUCUGCAUUUCAAUAUUGUGUGGUAAUAUUACACAAUGCAUUAAAUUUUUAUCAAACUUUCUCAUCAAUUUAGCUGAGCCACGUAACCCACCCACUCACUCACUAGGGCUCCUAGCAAUCACUUGCAAAGCACCUGACACUAGGAAGACACGGACAAACACGUGCCUCCUUCGAUACACGUGAAGUGAGACUCUGAUGCAACGCUUAGAGAAAAUCCCAGGAUCCCAAUCUCUGAUACAUCAGCAGGCGCCUGUUCCGGCCAGCAUCACGGUGGGAGUGAUGAAUGGAGCGUGGCCAAUCGUGCUCUCUCUGACUUUGGCUGCUGAUGCCGAAGCAGCAAGCAGCAGCAGUAUGAACCGGGAUUUAAAUUCACGAUCCUCAGUCUGCUGAGCCACUCUGAGCCCCCUGCUCUGAAGUCUUGCUGUCCUGUGUCCUUCAUCUAUUGUUCUUAGAAGCCUGGAAUAGAAAGAAUUCCUCUAAAAUGAAUGAAGACUUAUGACAUGCUUUUUUUUUUUGUGUUUUUCUGUUUUUUUUGGUCAGUGAUACAGAUACAAUACUCUCAGAAGUCAUGUCAGGGGUAUUUGUGUGUUUUUGUCGACUGGGAUAAUGGAUAGUGUCAACCAAGAACUGCAACUGCUGCCACUUGUGGACAAUAUUUUCCUCAAACUAGAGAAAGAUAGAUAAUGAAUGGCGUAUUUGAACAAUUACAUAGGGUCUUUAUGAGAAGACCCUCGUGUUGUUAAAACUGUUGACUCUUUACAUUUCGUGUCUUUUCUUUUCUUUUUUUAUAUAAAGUUCUUCUAAAUGUUAUUUUUACUUUGUAAUGUUUUCGAAGUAUGGCGAAAAUCAUAGCGUUCCAGAUGCCAGGAACAAAUCGAAACUUUUCGUAUUUCUUUUGCAAUUUUUGAUAUGUUGUCAGCGGACGGGCAUGGAUCAUGGGAUUUAGCCAACGAUUUAAGUGGUUCCUUGAGAAAUGCCUGUUUGCUCAUUGUCAUAAAUGUAAUAUUCCCUGACGUUGUUGCUCCAGUUGUUAUGUAGACUGUGGCAAAACCUUUUGUUUUUCUAUUGUUUCUAUGCCCUCUGAGAACCAGAAAAACAGUAGUGAUAGUAUUGUGGUUGCACCACCAUUAUUUGUGAGAUCUUUUCAUAAAAGCCAUGUUUUCAGUCACCUGAAAGGGAACACGAGAUUGAUCAAUUCCUCAUUUCAACUACUUUCAGCAGUGUUCUCCUUCAGUCAGUACAAAAGAACAUCAGUGUCUUCUAAAACCAGAAGACCAGAGUUCUUCGUGUUCUUUUGCAAAGUGUUGCAAAGACCUGAACAGCGAUGGAGGGAAAGAACUGUUAGUGGAAAGAAAAAGAGAGAGACAGAAAGAAAGAGAGAGAUUUGGGUGGCCUUCUUCAUUCUCCUGACUGACUUCCGCACCCGACGGGGUCGUAUCACUGGGGGAGUGAUAACAUACUAGUGCCUGCACAUUUGUUUUUGUUUUUCUUCAGUUCGAUCCUGAAGUCAGGUUUUAAUUGAAAAAUGUCACGUGUUUUUUGGUGGCUUUACUUGAGAAUAUUUUAUAAAUUCAUAUGAAGACCGGGGCAUGGGGAUUUUUAGUGUAUCUCAAAUGAACUUUUGCUCUUCCGAGCAAAUAAAAGUACUUUCUUUGUAAA